CGAAUAUAGCAAUGGAGGAUUUAGCCCACAUGACUCCUACAAAGAACGAAGAGCUGGAAGAAUCCAAACAAUUUGAUUCUGAGCAAACUACUGAUGAGAAACAGAGGGAAGAAGCCAGUCAAGAUGAGAUUAAUCCUAAUUCACAUAAGUACUUUUUCUCGUUUAAAAUACUCAAACUUGAGAUCACGCCUAAAUCAGCUGCGAAGGCUUCGAUCUGCCUCAAAGUAGGGAAUAAGGAGAUUUUUACAGUUAAUAAGCCAAAGAUAGACCCUAAACGAUCAGGGAAAGGUGGCAAAUGAAUGGCUCUGUUCAGGGAUGAGAAAUUAAAGCUAAUGUCGAAGUUGAAAGUUGAUGAAAAUACUUUAAAACCAAAGAAGAUAUACUUUAAAAUCAUUCUGCAUCAUUUAAAAUAAGGGGCAGAGCCAUAUAGUAGGUCACACUACAUUGAACCUGUCCGAUCAUGUUACUCCUCCAACAGAUCCGAGGAAUUCACCCUUUGAGAAGCUGCUAGAGUUAAAGUUUCAGAAGUGAAUUGAUAAGUUUGCUAAGCUUUAUGUCUAUAUUCACUCAAUGAGGGUCACUGACUUCGACCCCAAUUUAAACUAUGAUCUGGACGAUAACAUGUCAGGAUACAAUUCACUCAAUAGUGGAGGUAACGGGCUCCAAUCAGAGUACAACUACCCUGAUAGCAUGUGUGGGAGUGCCAAUGGGGACUAUAUAACAAACAGAUUGACCCAGAAAGCACGCUGAAGGUCUCCAAUUCAAUUUCAGAAUAAGCAAAUGUCUGCAAUGAAUGGAUCUAUAAAGCAAAAGGGCAAUGCAACUGGUAGGCUAGGAUCAACAGAUCGGAAAACAGGUGCAGUCAAGGUGUCGAUUGAUAUAUCCCAAAACGGUGUUGCGAACACUCUCGGGGUGAGUAAUGCAAUGAAAUAAGUUCAAGAAAGUAAAGAAUAUACAGAAAGGAGCUCACAGCCAGUCUUUUAGAGAUAAUAUAGCACCCUGAGCAAGUAAAGAAUCACUCCAAUCAGAUGAUCCGAAAGGAUUCUUUUCUAACAACGAUUCCGGAAUCCGACUGAACUCAAGCUUGCAGAACGAGAAUGAAGACAAAAUCAGGAAGCUUGAAGCUAAAUUAGAGGAAAUCAUGAAGGAGAAAAAUGAGCAGUUGCAACAAAGACAGAAAAUCGAAAAUGAACUAAACCUUGUUAAGAAGGUGAACAAAGGACUGCAAGAACAAAACUCUGGUCUCGAGCAAAGGCUGAAUCAUUACAUGGACAGCAUCUCAAGUCAGGAGGAUAGCGAGAAAAUCAACAUCUGGAAGCAAGAGCUUAAAAUUAAGAAGGAAGAAUUGGCUAAUCUCCAGGCUCAGUCUAAAGCUGAAAUUACAACCUUGCAGGAAGAACUGCAGAAAGAAAGGAGGUUGUGCCAAGAGAUGACCUCCAAAGUAGAAAUUUUGGAGCUAAAAUCUCCAAAUUCAAGCAUGGAUAUGAAACAGAGCGAGAACACUCGGUCACAGACAAUCGGCGGGUUUAAUGACAGAUCUUCAGAGAAGAGGAACACCUUUUCACUUGCCAAUAACUCCAACCUAGAACUUAUGAAGGCAAGGAAGGAUAUUGAUAGGACAAGGAAUAUGCUGGAAAAGCUUGAGGAAGAACAGACAGAGCUCAAGAAGGAACUUGAAGUAAAGAAAGCAGCUAUCUCCCGUCAAGAGAAGGAAAUUACCGAACUUGAGGAGACCUCUAGGUCAACAAUCAUUGAUUUGAAAGAGACCAUUAGGAAGAAAGAGGGCCAAAUGGAAGUAAUGAGCAAAGAUUUCGAAUUCAAUCUUUCAAAGCAUAAGAACGAAAUUUCUAAAGCAAAAAUGGAAACAAAGCACAGAGAAUUUGAAAUCGAAGAGCUUCAGGAUAAAAUCACUGCUCUUGAGAUGAGACUAAAGAAGCCAGGGGAGGAAACUAGUGAUGAUCAGUCAGACAAGCCAAAGGAAUUCAACUAUGCAGCCCAUUGGGUAAUUGAAGAGAACCUUCGGGAUAGAAUUCGGGAGCUCAAGAAGGAAACCCAAACACAUAUUGAUAAAUUCAACAAUAGUGAGAAGGAAAGAACAGAUUUAGAAGCCAAGCUCAUUGAGGUAAAAACCAGGCUGGCCAAUUCAGAAUUAGAUAGAGCCCUGCUCGGCUUAGGUUCAGAUAAUGAGGAAGGUGAAGAGUAAGACACUUAUCCAGGUUUUAUUAUAAUCAAAUUUGAAAUCACA